AUGAAGUGCGAUGGUGUACAGCCAGUCUGCGGCUUCUGUCAGCGAAUUAGUGCUGAGUGUAAUUUUGCGCACGAGGAAAACAAGCGCAGACCCCCGAGCAAGAAAUUUGUUGAAUCGCUGCAAGCGAGGAUACGUCACCUCGAAGAGCAGCUAGCAGCAGCCGAGUCUCGAGCAGUUGUCGAGAUUCCAUCUUGUGACACUAUCAACGACAGCACAGACGUCCAGUCGGAUCCCACUGCGCCCAACGAAGAUGGAGAGGACCCCCUUUCCAAUCUCACUGCCCUAGUGGGACGCCUCAACGUCGCAGACGACGGCCAACUCCAUUACUUCGGGUCACAAAGCUCACAGGGCUUGGCCGCCGCUGCGCAGCUCGACAAACUCGUCGCCAUCCCCGUUGAGCUUCAGCAGCACCUCCUGGAGCUCUACUGGCAGUGGCAAAAUCCUUGGAACUACGUAAUCCACAAGGGCGCCUUCAUGAAGAGCUUUCGAGGUGAGGAUGACGGCCGACACUGUUCUCCUCUUCUGCUGUCCUCCAUCUUCGCUAUUGACGCUAGGUACUCGGAUCAAGUCGAACUGCGUUCGAGACCGGAUGAUCCAAGCAUGGCUGGUGACGCCUUUUGUGACCAAGCCAAGAUUCUGCUCCUUUAUGAAAGUGAGGCGCCCACUAUCACUAAGGUCCAGGCCGCGUGCAUCUUGGCUCUCCGCAUCAUGUCGGAUGGCAAGGAAGCCCUCGGCUGGCUAUAUGCAGGCAAUGCUACGAGGAUGGCCCAUAAUCUUGGCCUCCAUGUUGAUCUCUCCGAUUGGACCUCCACAACGGCCAUGGCCCCAGAAGAUGUCGAGGCGACAAAUUCACAUGGUGGGGAUGCUAUGUGGUGGACAAGUGAGGCUGCUCUCCUUCGGCUCUAUUUCUUGAGUGUUUUCGCUGAUCAUCCAGACUCUUCGCCCUCGGUCUUGGACGCCCUAGCAGUACCCCCAAAAUGA